GAACACAGGAAUUGUAUUGUUCCUUUCAUGCUUUAAUCUCCAAGAAAACGACAGAAUCAUGUCGUGUACAAUCUAAGUGCAAAAGGAAACAUCUCAAUCGUUGCAAAAUUCAAAAUUGUUCUUUUGUGCAGCUACGUUCUAUCUUAAAAAGGUCAAUAUCGUGAUAUGAACAAGUUUAUUCAUAUCUGUAUGAGACUAAAGUCAUUUGUUUAGUUGAUAACAAAUAGCUACCCACUUCUCUGACUAUAGAAUAUACUUUAUGGUUACAGAACAAGCGUAGCCUUUGCUAAAUAUCAGAGACACUGAGACACAAGGUGCUAAGCAAACCUGUAUAACUCACCAUAUAGAAACGGAAGAAAUAUGUCCAGUUUCCUACAUAUAUUUGAGAAAGCACUCAACUCAUCAAAUAACAUGCACACUAUCUCAUUCUCCCUCGCUUCUCUUUUCUUGUUCCUAUUUUUCCUUUACAAAAGGUUGUUCACCAAUCCCUCAAAAAUCCAAAACUUACCCCCAUCUCCGCCAAAACUACCAAUUAUAGGACAUCUUCAUCAACUAGGCACGCACCCUCAUCGUUCUUUCCGAUCAUUGUCUGAGCGAUAUGGUGAGCUUAUGCUGAUGUACUUGGGCAACAGACCAACAGUUAUAGUCUCUUCUGCAAGGGUAGUGAAAGAAAUCAUGAAAACAAAUGAUCUUGUAUUCUCCAACAGACCUAAGUUUAGCAUAUAUGAUAAACUGAUGUACAAUAGCAGGGAUGUUGCUACUGCCCCUUAUGGAGAAUAUUGGAGGCAGAUGAAGAGUAUAUGUGUGCUUCAGCUUUUGAGCAAUAGAAGGGUUCGAACUUUCAAGGGUAUACGAGAGGAAGAAACUGCACUUCUUAUGGAAAAGAUACAGCAAAAUAUUGCAUCAGUGAUCAAUUUGAGCGAAAUGUUAAUGGUGUUAACAAAUGAUGUGGUGUGUAGGGUAGCAUUUGGCAGAAAAUACAGUGAAAAUCAGGUAAACGGUGUUGAUUUUAAGGAAGUGUUGAAGGAAUUUGUGCAGCUCUUUGGGAAACUAAGUGUUGGGGAUUUCAUACCCUGGUUGGCUUGGGUGAAUAGAUUUAAUGGUUUGGAUGCAAGGUUGGAGAGAUGUGCAAAGAAGUUUGAUUUAAUACUGGAAGAUAUACUUACACAACACUCGGCUCGAACAAGGAAUUAUAUUGGUAGUGACUCAAGUGAGAACGAGGAAGCCAAGGAUUUUGUAGAUGUUUUACUAGAAAUUCAGAAGGAAAAUUCAGCUAGUUUUCCUCUUGGAAGAGAUAGCAUCAAAGCUUUGAUACUGGAUACCUUCGCAGCAGGAACUGAUACGGUUUACACUGUGCUAGAAUGGGCAAUGACAGAGCUCCUUAGAAAACCUGUAGUAAUGAAAAUCCUGCAAGAGGAGGUAAGAGGGAUUGCUGGAGACAAAGAACUAAUAAGUGAGGAUGAUUUGGAGGAAAUGAAGUACUUGAAAGCGGUGAUCAAGGAGACUCUACGGCUGCAUAUACCAACUCCCUUGUUGGUGCCUCGUGAAUCAACCCAAGAUACAAAGAUUGAUGGUUAUGACAUUCCUGCAAAUACUCUUGUUUUUGUUAAUGCGUGGGCAGUUCAGAGAGACCCUGCUAUCUGGGAAGGACCAGAGGAGUUCCAACCAGAAAGGUUUUUGACCUCUGCAAUAGACUUUAAAGGGACAAAUUUUGAGCUGAUUCCAUUUGGAGGCGGGAGAAGGAUUUGCCCAGGAAUAUCAUUAGCGAUAGCUAAUAUAGAGCUCGUCUUAGCUAACCUUAUGCAUAGGUUCAAUUGGACUUUGCCUGCUGGAAUCGAAGGGGACACAUUGGACAUGUCUGAAAGCAUUGGUGUCACAAUACAUAGGAAAACUCCUCUUCUUGCUGUUGCUACUCCACAUAUUUACCACUAGAAAAUCCUAUAAUCUAUAUGCAACUGCAAUAAGACUGGGAGAUAACAGAGACGCAGAGUAGAAGAUCACUUGUGGGUCUCUACUGUGAAAUAGUCGAUUGAAAGACUAGCGCAAACCAUGUUUUACAAUCCUAGGUUCUUAUUUGCUUACAUAUUGUACAAGUAUAGUUUUCAGUUCUAUAAUAUUUUCUCCAGCUUCUCAGGAAGUAAUAACGAGUCCAUCUCCAAAUUAAGACUGUCAUACACUAUUGUGCAUAUGCAUGUUGAGUUUUGAUGAUGAAAAAUAAUAUAAUAUGUUAUAGUAUGAAAGUUUGCAACAGAUGAUUGAGAAAGGAAUAAAUAAAUGAAGACUUUGAAGAAAUGAAGAAUCAAGAUUGAAGUCCAAGUUUAUAUUCCUAAGUGUAGUUACUUUAUGCAAAGUGUAAUGUACUUGAACUAGGUGAUAUACUAUGUGCUAAAAAUAUAGAAAUAUAAAAUUAGUAUAAUUGUUA